AGAGGAGAAUAUUGAAUGAAGUCGAGAGCAGCGUCUGAGUUGAUUUCUGCCUCGCGUGUUGUGCACCGACCAAGCACAGGCGCUGCCCUCUCAACUACCACGUUCCUUGCUCUCGCCUAUCCUCCUUCCCUCUUCCCAUUUCACCCUCCAGUCUGGCGGCGACACUGGAGCAAUCAUAUACCCCGCUAGCUCCUUGAUUCCCCACCCAUGAAGGCUUUCCUCAAUCGCAUCAACCGUGGGCUCUCGAAGGAGAAGGAUAGAGAGAAGGAGGUUGUUCAGAAGGAAAAGAUCCCGCAACUGCCUCGUCUACAGGAAUGGCCCCCGCAGAGAGCUACUUCGACCCCAUCCUCCAUCGUAUCCUCCUCCAAGCCACUCCCGGAUCUCUCAGUACGCCCGUUACCGCCUAUAGAAGAACCUUCAUCGUCCGAAUCACCUGCAUCGUCUUCAACACCAACACCCGUACCUGCAGAAGAACCACAGACUAUAGAACCGGCUCCUCAGAUUGCACCUUCGCGCUCUGGACAGUCUCGUUCUGAUCACGACUCCUCCGGCCGUAGCUCGCGUAAGACGGCACACGGUAGCAAUGGUUCUGCAGAUAUACAUAAGAAAGUUGCUUUCUUGUCUCCACCACCCACACCAGGUCCGCAAUCUGACCGCGAGCUGCCUUCGAGUGAAACACCUACACCUGCCAAUGGCGGUCCAGUCAAGUCAACUGUUUCUCGGUUUCAAGCAACCCAUGUCAAAGAAUCCCGCGGGUCCACUUCCACCGCCGCUUCAUCGAGAACCGACGUUGCUUCUACUCUCAAGUCGACAAAACCUGCAUCUGCGCGCGGUGCACCAUCGCCGUUUCCAAAGACUUCGUUUCCAAAGGCUACUUAUAACGACAACGCGUCUAUACAUCAAUCACUGCGAUCGGCAACUCCGUACUCUCAGAUGACAAAUGCUAGCAGUCGCAUCCUCGCUGCACAAUCAUGGAGUGAAGGGGCAGAAGAGGAUCUCGUUUCUAAUAUCGGCCAGCGUGAGCGUACACGGCAGGAAGUACUUUGGGAAAUCGUCGCCAGCGAGGAAAGAUACGUCGCUGAGCUUUUGAAACUUAAAGAGACGUUCAUUGAACCUCUCCUUCAUCCGUAUUCUACGUCGCCCGUUUCCACGCCGAUUGCAAUGGAAUACGAUGAAUUCAGUACCCGAAUGGAAACACCCCGAGAGUCAUUAGAACGCCUUCCUAUCGCUUCCCGUUUCCUUUCACCGACAGGUUCUCGCUCUGACGGCCCAUCGGGUGAAGUUCCUCGGAAGGAGGAUGCACACAAGGAUACGCCAAAUAUUGAUGGUGAAUCCAUGAACUCUGAGGAAGAGGAGGAGGCGGAAGACCGUCUCGGUAAUGGCUACUCUGCAGCUAGGCUAAAGGCAGCUAGUGCUCUAAGCCAAACGGCGAAGCACAAUCAUCCUCGAUCACCGUAUGGCUCGAGCGCAGUACGAACAGGCAAAAAUCCUGUCCCAUUCCCGUCAAGGUCACAUCAGUCAUUGCCUCCACCGCCUCGAAUGAAUCCACUCACGGGAUCUACACAAUCUCUUGGUCGCCAAUCAUUUGUCGAACAAAACAGCCAUCAUGUUCCGUCCAAGGCAGCAUCUACUGCAGUGUCCAGCUCGAGAGUCCUGCGGAAGUUCAAGAAGAGCAACCCUUCAAUGCCCAAUGAUCCUGUCACCAUACCCGGUGCUAUAGCGCCUAAUCAGAUACCAGAAGAUCUCCGAAAAUGCCUAGAAGUGAUUGAGGGAGGUAUUCUGGAAGGUCACAUACGCCUCAGUGAAGGUCUGCGGAAACGAUAUGAGGAGCAAUAUCCUUUAGUCCGUUCGCUUGCGGAUGUCUUCGUAUCAAAUUCGCAUAUUCUGCACGGCUAUGCCACUUAUGUGCUCCACUUAGAGCGUGCUCUUGAGCAGGUCGACAACGCGUUGUCAACUACAAGUGCUACGAAAAAGCCCAAGAAGCAAGAUGCUGACCAGUGGCUGAAAGUCUGCCAAUACCUCCAAAGGCUCGAAAUGUAUUCCUGCGAGAAGGGCGAGACUGGUCUUGCCAUUUCACUCUCCAAACCUUUCCAGCGGCUCCUCAAGUAUCCUCUUUUGUUCCAGAACUUGCUUUUCCACACGGAUCCCAGUACCUUUGAGUAUGAGAGUACUUUGCAGAUGGUGGCUGAGGUGGAGACAAUCGUGCGAAGUAUCGAGGACGAGAAGAUUCAGAAGGAAGAGCGAGACAAGACACGGGAUGUCUUUGCCCGUAUUGAAGGCUUGGACAAGGUUAAGCAGCUGAUGGUGCCAAAACCUUCGAGAGUGCUCGUCGAGGAGCGGCCAGUCGUUGGUGUCAACCCUCUCACCGACCCAAAUGCCAAACUGUCUCCACCUCCAGUCUCGCAGAAUCCGAAAGGCGUCAAGGGAAAGACUUCGUUCAAGCGAUUGAGCGACGUCUUGCAAGCUGGUUCGAGUGGCAUUGGCGGCAAGAAGGACCAAUGGCUUGUCGUUUUCAAUGAUGUGGUUCUGAGAUGUCAACGGACGGGGACGACGUCACUGCCACUGGUGGCAGCAACCAAUUCAAGGUCCACUUCGUUGCCUGAACUUCAAGGCAAGGCGAAGUAUGCGACGACUGGUCGACGCAACUCACAUACCAAACCUCGGAACCUGUACAAGUUCCUUAAGAUUGAGACCUGGACCAUUGAGGACAUAGUCCAACCGAGGGCAGGUGUUGUCUCCAUGGAAGACAGCGUUGUUCGUUCCCGUCAGCAGGUGCAUUCGGGCGUUCAACCACGGAUAGUCCCCAUGCCGGAUGACGAUGAGGACGACAACGAUUCAGAUGACUCUGAUCGGAAAUCAAAGAUGAGUUUCUCAUAUUGGGGAGCAGACAAGGUCACACUGCAAAAGCCUAUCGUCAAACCCAGACAACUCUCCGCUAAUGGUGCUCGACGAGGACCCUCUGGUCAGACAACCGCCUACGGCCGUGAAUCUUCAGCGAACGCGAAAUUUGGUACUCGCCUUGUCUCAGCCGAGGCACCCAAUGGUAAUCGACCGGCGAGCCGUCGUACACAGACAACGCCGACAAACAGGAAGCCGACACAUUCUGAAGACAGUCAUUCAGUUAAAGUGACUGUAACGAGGGAGAGGCCGGCAUGGGAUGGCAGCACACGGGCAAACGCUACUCCCGUACCGAAGCGGACACGGAAUAUUUCUCAAAACAGUGCUGCGACUCGCACUGCCGCAACAAAGUUGUCCUCCCCAGCUCCUUCAGAAGACUCUGGCGUUGGCUUGUAUCGAAAUCUAGUGGCGCAGGAUCCGUCACUAGUAAAGCUGAGCCAGUCGGUCACCUAAUAUUGCAUUGUGCUCCCUAUUCAGCUUCCUUAUUAUAUUUCUCGGAGAUUUCACGCCCUUUCACGGAUUUAUAUUAACGACACACUCUCAUUCUGUUGAUUUUAUGGCUGGCAUGUGGCGUUCUUACCACCAUUUGCUGUUUGCUUUGCUGUGAUCAUAUCAUCUGCUUUUCUCAUCCAUAAUAGUGUCGUUGAGUCACCCAUUAUUGAUGAUACCAUAUCACUCCUUAUUCCCGCAUUUUUCCCUAAUAAUGUGUUUCAUUACCCGCUCUACAGAUACUGUGCUCAUCUCGUUACCCAAUCCAUUCUCUCAACCGUAAACACACAUAUUAUUUCUCUCUUCCUCGUACAAUUCAUGUUAUGUUUUCUGGGCAAUCAUGCAUGAACAUUCGUCCCCCGCACACUCGUUGUCUAGUUGCCAUGUCUAUUUCUCUUUUUCGUAGAUUCUAAAGUUGUAUUACAGGCUAUGAGCUAUCCUCUUCCACAAUCUGCAUUUGCUUUCCUUCCCGUCUUCACGGGGUCGUCCCAUAUGCAGCAUUGUGUAUGCUGACGCUACGACCGCUGGGAUCUGAUGCACAACCCCAGUCUCCUCGUGGAAUCCAUCUAACGGCCGUUUCCGC